AUGGCCGACACUUGUAUUGUGUGCUUAGGAGACCUUGGCGAAAGCGCCAGCGAUCCUCUUGCCAUCGCCGCCGAAGCCGUGCCAAGACCUGACCUUCAACUAGAAGGCAAGUCAAAUGACGCUUCCACCGUCAAGGUCGAUGGCGUUGAUGACAGUGAGGAUGCAUGUCAAAUCGCCCAGCUACUCCCUUGUGGUCAUAUCUUACACAAUAACUGUUUGAAACCGUGGGUGGAGAGGGCCAACAGCUGUCCAAUAUGUCGCCGCAGCUUCAAUAUAGUGGAGCUGAGUGAUCGACUUGGAGGUCCCGUGACCUCAACGUAUGCAGUACAGGACCGAAUACAAGUGGCAGAGGUUGAUCCCUCUAUGAUAGUCGACUAUGUGGAGGAUGAUCUCGCUGAUGUUCAACCUUGUCCUAUCUGUGGAGAUGCGGACAAUGAAGAGUUGCUUCUCUUGUGCGAUGGUUGCGAUGCCCCCUCCCAUACGUACUGCCUCGGGUUCGAUGACGUCCCAUCGGGAGCCUGGUACUGUUCGCGGUGCGAAACUAGACGUUCUCGGGCACUGUCGCCUGACGCCGCUCGACCUACCCGAACACAGGAGCGUCAAGGCCGUCGAACAAGGGCACAACAGCGGAGUUUUCAAAGCAGAAAUCAGAUGAAUUCUCUCCACUGGGCCCGAGUUUGGCAAUCCGUCUGGGAUCAUCUGAAUCUUGACCUCGACUUCCCUUUUGAUGAUGAGAGGGUUACUGAACGUGCUCUCCAACAACAAAGACGGGAAGCUGCCAACCAGCGAGAGUUUCGAGCAUGGCAGCGCCGGUUCGAAGUCGCGGAGCGACAGGGCGGCAGCAAUCGAUUCAGGGAUACUGCAGCUCUUUUGGAUAUUGAAGCUCCGCGCCCGUCACGACCUCGGGUCCCCAGAGAACCCACACCUGAACCCGAGUCGCUUGAGGAGAUGAGGGCAUGGAAUGCAUUCGAACGCGCCCGCGAGAUUGAAAACAAUCCAAACGCAGCGAGAAAGCGCAAGGAACCGACCCUCUCUCCCUCUCCUGAGCCUACGGAACCUCAAAGAAAGCUCAAGCGUCCGCGGACUCGCCGGCCUCAGGAACUCGCGGCUUUGGCUCUGCAAAAUGGCGAGUCAUCGAGAGCGGCCAGUGCUCAAACUUCUGCCCGCAUCAAUGCGGAGAGCUCUAGCGAACCCAGCUUUUUACAGUCUCUUCUGAAGGAAGUAGAGGAUGCAUCAAAUCCCAGUGGUAACAACUCAUCUGCGCCAUCGGCUCCAGUUUCUGUGGCUCCGACUGACCACAGCACCAUCGGUCCAUCAUCUCCCUCAAUUUCGCCUGCGCCUUCUAAUCUCUCAUCGCCUCGAUUAUCAUCUACUACGCCCCCUCCCUAUUCGCGCAGCAGGCCGAUUUCCCCUAUACAACUUUCAUCACCUCCCGACCUCUCAUCACCCCCAUUUUCGGCCACUGUGUCACCAUCAGGUCCUAACACCGAUACCCGGGAUACCUCGCCAUCACAUGGUGGUUCAAGUCGCCCAGGUUCUCGGAUACCCAGAGCAGCAUUGCGGUUGCUGGCGGCGCGAUCUCCUGGAACAUCUCCCACUCGUCCUGGAUUGUCUUUGGAUGUCAAGUCAGACAUUCAAAGACUAGUGGGAGCAGCGCUCAAGCCGUAUUAUAGGUCACGAAUAGUAUCCAAGGAGCAGUAUACGGAAAUCAAUCGUACUGUCUCUCGAAUGCUGUAUGAUCGAGUGGGGGAUGCGGAAUUUCUGGAUACCGUCGCCAAGAACGACCUGGAGAAGAUUGCUAGCGAAGAGGUGAAGAAAGCUAUUGAUCUCCUCCCACCGGAAGUGGAAGAUGACUAG